AUGUACCAAGAAUUAAAGUUUGAAGUAACUUUUGAAGUCCCUUCUAAGUGCAUCUUCUAAGCAUUGACUGAACAAUUCGAAGUUAUGAAAUAUACAAGAUCUCCAGCUGUAGUAGAACCCAAGCCUUAAGGCAAGUACUCAAUUUUGGAGGGAAGAAUUACUGGUACUUUCCUUGAAGUCGACAAUACUAAAAAGCAUAUCAAAAUGACAUGGAGAAUGAAGGACUGGAAAAGCGAUUCUUUGGUCAAUUUUACUUUCAUUGACAGAGAUGAUGAAUGCACUCUUUCUAUUGUUUAAAGCGAUAUUCCUAAUGAUGUUAACUGUGAAAACUUAAGAAAAGGAUGGAUGACACAAAUUUUUGAACCUAUGAGUUCUAUUUGCGGUUAUCCUAUUGAUAAUUGA